AGGAAGCUUGUAGUCUGCUCAAUUCACUCACCCGGUUGCCAUGGUUACAUAAAGCCCAAACACCACGACGUGCCAGCUAUAGGGACAGAGCUAGCUAGCUAACGGUGGGCAGCGUGACGGAGGUGUUCACAGAUAGUUUCCACUAUGUCCCGAGCUCCUGUUCAGAGAGCACAUUUUGGCAGCUGCCAGGAGAGGAAACUCUUUCCCCUCCAUUUUGCGCCGGACCGCCUGGGAAGCCAAAUGUCACGAGAGAUCGCGCCGCACAUCGGCCCCGGCUGCUAUGACAACCACAAGUUUGGCACCAUCGUGUACGAGCUACAGAAGACACCGGGUAGUAAGAAGGGCUACAGCCUCGCUGCCAGGACCGCAGCACGCUUCCCCCCCUGCAGUGCGAUGCACCAGACAGCGACCCCUUCCCCACAGCAGUACCAGCGGGAUCAAAGCCAGUCCCUAGUGCCUCCUCCGGGGAAAACACCGUUCAACUCAACUGCGCAGAGGCUCAACUUGACGUCACGUACAGUCGAGGACAGUCCAGGGCCCGGGACCUACGCUCACGAUGUAGUGACUAACAGGAAAGUCAGCUGGCCGAUGUGCUUCGGGAGGCCAGACUGGUCCAGGUUGCCUCAGAUGGAGAAGAGGUUCCUCAGGGCGAAGCUUGACGGCGAACAGGAGUUUGUGAAGCACAGAAGCAAAGUGGCCUACAUGAGUUUGUACUAUUAACUCGAAGCUAAUGGGUGUGAAUACAUUGUGAAAGUGAUGGUGCCAUAGUCAUUUUUACCUAAACCGUACAUGUAAAUGAACCAGACUGCCGCUGUUGUCUAGACAUGUUUGAUUGAAAA